AUGACCGUCCAACUAGGGUUUUUAGAACAGGUGAAUCCUGGUAGCCUGAAGCCAGAUAUAGCUGAUUUCCCCUCCAAAGUUGGAGGACAACCUCUGUGGCUCAAUCCGCAUCAUAUACUGCCUGCUGAACGUGCAUCAUGCGGAACUUGUCGAAAUCCAAUGGUCCUGCUACUGCAAAUCUAUACACCUGAAAAGGAACCAGCCGAAGCUUAUCAUCGCUGCAUAUACAUGUUUUGCUGUAAAAAUGGUGCUUGUCAUCGAAGAGACUGGAGAAACUCGUUUAAGGUGUUUCGCUGUCAAUUACCACAAGUUAAUGACUACUAUGAUGAAAAGCAUCAAGUCGUGGGAGAUCGAGCCAAACAGUGUAAAGUAUGUGGCCUAGCAGGUCCCAAACAAUGCAGCAAAUGCCACGAAGCCUCUUACUGUGGUAAAGAGCAUCAGGUAUUCCACUGGACACAAGGGCUCCACAAAUCACAAUGUGGUCAACAGCAACAGAAUACCAAAGUACUGGAAGAUGAUGAAAGGGUUCUCAGAAACUAUCUACUAUCCGAAUACGAAAUGGUGAUUGAAGACGAACCUGAUGUCGCCAUUAAGAAACUACGGGAUGGGAUGAAUCGUGUUGAAGUGAAUAACAGCAGUGACCAGCAAGGAUCGUUAGCUAUGGUUCCGUUUGGACAGGAAGAAUAUGAUGAGUCUGAAGUCGGGGUGGAUAGAGCGUUUCUGAAGUUUCAGAAGAGGAUUACGUUUGAGCCUGAGCAAGUUUUGAGAUAUUGCCGCGUAACUCCCUCGGCACUUGACCCAAUACCACCACUAUGGCCAUCCGAACUCGACCUCCCAACAUCACAACACAUAAAACAAUGUCCCAAAUGUCAAUCACCUCGAGCUUUUGAAUUUCAAGUGAUGCCACAACUAUUAAAUCAUUUUGACAUCAACCAUCUUGAUGUGAACGCUCUAGACUGGGGUACACUGGCAGUGUAUACGUGUAGUAAGAAUUGUGUAAUUGGAGACGAGUAUGCUGAAGAGUUUGUGUGGAGGCAAAUGUACUCUGACCAUGGAGUGGCGGAUCAGUUCAAGCAGAACAGGAAUGACAAAUAUAGUAGAGAGCAGUAA